UUUUUUUUUUUUUUUUUUUUUUUUUUGUGCUCCUUGGGAGCAGGUUACACUUUCUGAGCUCCGUGUUCUUGGCUUUCUCCAAAGUUUUUCUGCCUGCCCAGGGCGACUCUGGCGUAGCCAGAGUCGACCCUGGAGCACCCUCGCACACUGCCAAGGUAGUGCUGCAUGUUUGGAUCGCGGAAUCGCGAUGUAGCUUGCAGGACAAUUUACUUCGAUAUUGUCACUGCUGCGUCGGCCGUGGUCCACCACUCGCAGUGGAGUAGCUAUCCCUCGAGUGCUGUGAAGAAUCCAAGCUCGAAGAAUGCAGUGGUGGGAAUUGCGGAUUGGCUGGUGGAGUGCUGGAACAAGUCGUUGUUUCAGUGGAGUGGACGAGCGAGUGCGGAGAGGAAGGUCGCAAUGGCGGAAUGGUGGGAAUUGAAACUUCAAUCUUUCGUCGUCAUGAGUGCACUGGUCAAGCGUUGCGGAAGUCUGUCGGAUUUGUGAGGCAUUGCCCUGCCGCUUACAUCAACAACGUGGAAGAACUGCUAGUGGAGUCCUGGUGGGAUUUCGGAUGCCCACACUCCUUUUGCUUGGUGGAUUCUUUCGUGGACAGUGUUUUUUUCGUGGCGUGAAAUUUUGAAUUUUUUUUCUUUCCUGUUCAUUUUCAGUUGUUGUCACUGUAGCUGUCAGGUUGUUGUUACAGAACUCGAACAUGAUUGUACAGCAGUCGUCCGUUCUGCUCCAUUGUUUCAUCUGUUUUGCCAGUUCUGCUAGCUGAUUCUCUUUAUUUGCCACUGCCCCUCAUAGUGCUCAUGCUUGGGUGGAGGGCGGCGUGACCCGUUUAGGGUAGCUGUAUCAUAGUAGUAGUAGUGUGUGUGUGUGUGUGUGUGUGUGUGUGUGUGUGUAUGUGUGUGUGUGUGUGUGUGUGUGUGUGUGUGUGUGUGUGUGUGUGUGUGUGUGUGUGUGUGUGUGUGUGUUGUGUGUGGAUUAGACAGUUAUCUGGCGCAAGUCUUGAUCUGUCUCAUUCAGAUCUUGUUCGCUAUCAUUGCUAUAAGAGAAAAUCUGUGGGUGCACAUCCAGUGCAUUUGCAGAUGUGUGUGCUUCUCUUGCGACGGGCGUAUGCAUGAUACAUGGUGUGUGUGUGUGCGUGCGUGCGUGUGUGCGUGUGUGUGUGUGUGUGUGUGUGUGUGUGUUGUGUGUGGAUUAGACAGUUAUCUGGCGCAAGUCUUGAUCUGUCUCAUUCAGAUCUUGUUCGCUAUCAUUGCUAUAAGAGAAAAUCUGUGGGUGCACAUCCAGUGCAUUUGCAGAUGUGUGUGCUUCUCUUGCGACGGGCGUAUGCAUGGUACAUGGUACAUGGUGUGUGUGUGUGUGCGUGCGUGCGUGUGUGCGUGUGUGUGUGUGUGUGUGUGUGUCGCACCAUUCCAGGCAGGCAUUACCAGUCAGUGGUAUUCUCUCUUUGAUUUCUGGACGACACAGUUUGGGCAGGGAUGAUAGGACUUAGUAGAAAUAUUGUGGAACUUACUGCAUAUCAGUGUGAGACCAAGAUACGGUUUCAAUGAUAUCAACCCUUUCUACGCACUUGUAAACAGUCUACCAUUAGAGUUUGGUGACGGCUGAAGUCUGCUCCUCUUCCUUUUACAUGUACAUGCACUCAAUCAAAUAUGCGUGAAACUUCCCUUCAAGCUACGGUACCAAAUUUCUGCUGAUUUUGCUGCCGGUAUAGUCACUAUUGCCUAAGCUAGGUAACAUAGAAGUACCAUGCACAUGUACAUGUAGAUCGACAAUUAUACGCACUAGCGCAGCUCAGAUUGCCAUUGCCUAUCAUUAUAGCAAUCAACAGUUUCUAUAGCGAUCUACGAUUGCGGUAGCUUGGGUGAAAUCUGGACCGGUAUACUACAUUGUAGCACAUGUGCAUCUCCGAAGCACACAGCCCAGCACCUUCCAUACACGAGGUAAACCACUGUCACACUGGCUCAGCUCAGUGCCAUGUGUGUGGCCAAGAGUAGAUGUACGAGUUGUCGGAGUGGCAUACAAUGACUCUUGCCAAGUCUUGGUGUCGCCUUCGGACUUCCAUAUCACCAUGUGACACUGGCAUAGCAUGAGCGUCAGAUAACACCCGAUCGACAAAGCAUUGAGCCGGCGCCCCACCUCGUCGGCCCCGAUGACACUUGACAGUCAGUAGAUCUACUCAGCAUAGCAGGACGGGAGGCGGACACUCAACAUUCUUCGUGGGUGUCUCGUUUCGCACCUGCUUCAUUCGAAACCAUCAACUCUGUUCAUAUUAUCUGAAAUCUGAAGGACCAGCCUUGCGAGUGGGUUCAAGGAAGGGUUCGCCGAAAUGAGCCGGGGUGUAGAGUAUCGAGUCGGUAUGCUCGACGACCCAAGCGAGCUCCAGAUGGACGAGGGCGAUCCUAUGCUACCAGCUGACAGCGGAUACAACGCUGGCCAAAGUGGCGAGCGGAUCGGCACCUACCGAAUGAGGACCGACGAGGCAGCCGCCACCGGUGCACCGCAACGGCCACGCUCCGCGAACAGUGGAUUGCAGCCCGUUGCCACUCGAUUGCCUGGGCAGCAGAAGAAGUCGCUCAACAUCAGUCUCGAUGUUCGUGGCUCCGGAUCGUCACCAGGAGGCAAGCGCAAGUCCAGAGGUAAUCGCAGCAGCGCGGGUGACGACGGAAUGGUCGAGCUUCGUGAUAUCCGCAGAACUACAUCGAGCCGAGCCGCAAAUACCAGAUCGGGGGACACAGGCCAGGUCGCUGACCAGAAUGCUGACCGCGCAGCACAGGUGCGGAGACGAAGCUCGGCGAAAAAGCGCCAGCGUUCCAUUGAGCGGAGCGAUUCCGCUACCCGCCUGCUCGAAGCUGUUGCUUUGGGAAAUGACUACGAAGAUCCGUAUGACUCUAGUGACGAUGACCACGUGAAUGCUGUGAGAAGCUCAUCAUUUGGCGGAGCCGAAACACCGGUAUCGCCAAGCGGGAAAAAGGCAAAUAGAGGUCGUCCGAGGUCUGCGUCGGACAGAGGUAGUGUGGAUGCGACGGAUGUCAGUGUCAGUGGGAGCAGCAGCAGGCGGAGAGCAUCAAGGGACAGUGCAGAUGGCGGCUCUGUACUCCAGUCGCACGAGAUAGAGAAGGUCUUGACUGUGCUCCGCGACAAGGACGAGAGAAUUGCAGACCUCGAAGCCAAACUCGAGCAGGGAACGUCCAAUGCACCCGGCACUGGUCCUGACGGCGAUUUCCUGAGUGAUGCUGGAGCGCAAGGCACGUCACAACGCAAACAGUCCAAUUUCACAGGCCUGGGCCUGCAGCUGCAGAUUCACCUUUCCUCGCCUAUGAAAUACCCUAAGCCAAGCCAGGUGUCGCAGCUGCUCUUGCGCAUUGUCCAAUCGCCGCAUUCACCGCUGCGCCACUGCUCUUUGUCGAGACAGGCGGCGGCAGUGGAGUGCAUGUAUCUGACUGAGCUGCCUGCCGGCAGCGACGUGGGAGCGUACUUCUUGGAUGCUCAGUCCGCCUGGCUGAUGUGCGCCGUGGAGAAAGGAGAGCUGGAGCUGCGUCGUGGCGACACGGCCGAGAUCAUUCGACGCGGCGCCGUCCUGAUGCUGCCCGUGCUGCCCGACUCGUGGAUAGCGUGCCGCACGCCGGUGCAACUCUGGAGUGUGGACUCGGUGACGCUGAACGAGCUGCACCGCUGCGACAACCUGCUGCGCAGCAAGGAGAACCUCAGCCUGAUGAACUCCAUCGAUCAGUUCCAGCAAGUGCAUGACAAGCACGUCAAGCAGCUGCUGCAGGCGCUGGACGAGCGGUUCUACGAGGAUGGCGACGACCUGCAGCUCAAGGGGCUGGAAACCGGUGACAAUCUCGUUCAUAUCAUCAAGGCCGGCGAGGUGCGCAAAGUCGAACGCACGUCCAGGAACAGCACGUUCUACGGCCCGUCCGAUGUCAUAAUUCCAACAAUCGAAACCGUCAACACGUGCCACGUGAAAGCAGUCGGCGAGGUGGUGUGCCUCGUUAUCGAGUGGAAGACGUGGCGGCAGAUUACCGAGUCUGAAAUCUCGCCUCUAUCGAGUCCCACCGGCACUUCCCAGAAUGGUGCUCACCGACCGUUCAGCCUUGGCAACACUCGCCGUGCAGCCCCGCACACUCCAGCCUUCCGCCGCGAUCGCCCCAGCGUUGCACUGCAGCCCACCAAGAGCCAGGGCAAGCGCCCUAGCGGCCGCCAGGACAUUGGAGUGGAGAUAAUGCAGCUUUGCCUCGGCGAUCUGGGCGUUGUUGGUGCGCUGGGCGCCGGGACGUUUUCCCGUGUUGAGCUUGUGUGCCUGCACGACAGCCCUCAGUGUACCUUUGCGCUCAAGCGCAUGUCGCGCCAGCACCUGACUCAAGGUCACCACGAGGAUCAAGCUCUGCGCGAGAAGGAGGUUCUGAACAUGAUCUCCGAGGACCAAUGCCCGUACAUCGUGCAUCUAAAACGCACGUUCCGCGAUCAUGAGUUUGUGUACUUUCUCUUGGAGCCGCAGCUUGGCGGCGACCUCUUCUCCCUGUGUCGGCGCCGCGGUGCCCUCAAGGAGAAGCAUGUCCAGUUCUACGUGGCUUGCAUCGUUGAAGCUCUGGACUACCUUCACAGCUGCAACAUCAUCUAUCGCGGCCUGAAGCCUGAGGAUGUGCUGCUGGAUAUCAACGGCUAUGCCAAGCUUGCCGACUUUGGUCACAGCAAGAUCCUGGAGCAGGGGGCAACACAGACCAAAUCAUUCUGCGGCUCGGCUGAAUACAUGGCCCCGGAGCAGGUGCUUCUGGAGAGCCAUGGCAUGCCGGUCGAUGUCUGGUCACUCGGCAUCACUACCUACGAGCUGCUCUGCGGCGUCACACCGUUUGCGCUUGACGACGUGCAGGCGGUCUACGCGGCCAUUCUGAAAGGCCUCGACACCGUUGGCUUUCCCAAGAGCAUGAAGCCCAAGGCAGCAGCCUUCGUCAACAAUCUCUGCAAGUUUGAGCCCCACAGUCGUACUGGCUGCACCGAAGAUAUGCGCACCAGCUUUGACGACAUUCGCCUGCUGCCGUGGAUGAGGACGUUCCGCUGGGGCCGGCUGCGGCAGAGGGACCUCAAAGUACCGUUCAAGCCGACGCUCGACAGCUUCCAUGACCUUCGCUACUUUGACAGUAUACGGCCAGAGCCGCCGAGUGUCAACAUGACGCAGACGUAUCAUAAGUCAGGCGGAUGGGAUUCCACCUUCUGAGAAACGUGUGCAUCGAGUGUGCUGUCUCUAAGUUAGCACGCGCCGCAGUCAUGGUUUGGUCUUGGCCCGACACUGUGCCGGAUUGGUCGACAAGUGCACGGCGACAACUGCCGGGCUAAGAACACACUGAGACUCGCGCUACUGCACUCUACUGCUGUCUCAAGCAGGCCCGCUGAGACUUGAAGCCCCGGCAAGCAGACUGGCCCCGGCUGGAUGGCAGUAGGUGCUGGUCACGGUCUCAUCUGAGAGUGUACUAGUCCGCAGACAUACCAUUGAGUAAGCCUGUGUCCAAGACCGAUACAUGUACUCCCCACUAUGAUAUUGACUUGACUGGUUGAGGCGGUCUGUUUCAUUUUGCCAGCAGCACUGAUUUCAAGUGUUCUGGAUGAUUGUUGAGUAACUUGCAGAGCAGGUGACAUUGAAGAGUGCUCUGCCCUGUAUAAUUAUAUGCUGAGCUUUGCGAUUUUAGGUACUGGCAGUGAAGCACGAUUGACAGAUCCUACUGUUGACUUUUCAAACUUGAAGCAUUUUUUAAAACUUUA